AUGGGUCCGCAGCUGAAGAUGUUCUCGGGGCCUCAGAUGGCCUUCCUCCGGCCGUCGUUAGGUCUGUCGACGCCAUUCACGGCUUUCCCUCUAUCGCGAUGCUUCUCGACGACUUCGCCUGCCCUCGAUUGGCUUACCCCUAAGUUCGCCGAGAGAUCCAAGUCCCCUAAGGGUCGUCCGCAUGUCGCAACUGGUGGUUCUUCCCGCGGUACUACCGUCGUCUGGGGUGAUUAUGGCUUGCGGAUGAAGGACCACGACCGUCGGUUGCCCGCUGCCUCGUUGAAAAUUGCGGAGGAUACGAUUAAGAGACGUCUGAGGGGUAUGAACUACACAUUGUACAAGCGCGUGAGCGCAAACAUCGGUGUCUACACCAAGGGCAACGAACAACGUAUGGGUAAGGGUAAGGGAAAGUUCGACUACUGGACGGCGAAGGUUGGCGUGAGCAGAAUUGUCUUUGAGCUCAAGGGUGAUCUGCACGAAAAGGUCGCCAGGGAGGCCUUCCGUCUGGCCGGCCACAAGCUGCCCGGCCUCUGGGAAUUCGUGAAGAAGGGUGACCCGCCGGUCGUUGGACUGACGAAACUUGGCAACGGAGUGACUCUGGAGAGCCUCAAACGCGCACGCAGAAGCCCGGCCCUCGGUACUCAGGACCUACCGAACCCCCCGACCUCGACCUCGUCCUCCUCCAGUCCCUCUGCUCCCCAAUAA